AUGCUUUCCUCAAGCGUCAUCCUCGGCCUGCGGGCUGCUCAACUCACCUUGGCCUUUGUCAUCCUGGGUCUGUCGGCAUACGUUGCCAACUGGUACAACGUUGACACCCUGACUUCGCCCCCGUCGCAAGUCGGUUGGCUGCUCUUCGUCUCGCUGUUCACCAUCCUUUCUGUUGGCUACCUCGAAUUGGCCCCGCGAUUCAUGCCCCGAGCCUCGCACCCGUACGCUGCCAUAUCCCUCGAGAUCAGCAACGCACUCUUCUACUUCGCCGGCUUCGUCGCGCUGUCUGUAUUCAUCAGCAGGCUUCUGUUUUGCCGCGGCAGCGUGUGCGGUGCGGCGAAGGCCGACAUCGCAUUCGGCGCCAUUGAGUUUUUGCUCUGGACCGGGUCUGCCGUGCUGAUGGGGAAAGAUGUGUUCAAGGGGGGGUUCCGCCGCCCCGGAGCUCAGGCACCUUCAAAGGUGUCCCCGAUGAAGGAGUCCGAGUCGGCCGCCCCGCGCUACACCGACAUCCCCCUCUCGCCGUACCAGCCGUACCUCGACUGCGAAGCCGAGGACAAGACGCAGGCAGGUUGGGAGAGUGUAUAUUUGUACGUGCCCAAGAGCUAG